AUGGUGAGGAUAUUGAAAGUUCCAUGGACAAACAAUUCCACGAUAAUGACGGAGGUAAACCGGAUAAAAUGUUUACGUUGAAGAAGUGGAAUGCUGUGGCUAUGUGGAGCUGGGUGCGACACUUGCGCUAUUUGCAGAGUUCAAGCGAUUUCCGGCAAACACUACCAGUAAUACCACGAUCGGCCGCUGCCGAUGAGAUCAAUGCCUGCCUCAAAUCAUCACCAUUGUGGCGUUAUGUGUGGAAACUUCAGCUCACGACAAACAUGCGAGUUGCAUUGCUAAACGAUCCAUCUGCCGAACUGUUCUCCACUCAACUGCUAACUAUCGGUAAUGGUCAUGUUCCUGUCGACGCAUCGAAGGGAUUCAUUUCGUUUGCAAUUUCGUCUCAACGAAAGAGGAGCUCAUCAACAAGGUGUUUCCGAACAUCAUUGCUAACCACAAAAACUACGAUUGGUUGAGUGAAAGAGUAAUUUUAGCAGCAAAGAACAAGGAUGUGGAUCCCUUAAACUUCAAUAUCAAAUCGUUGGGACACUGCA